UUAUGGCGUCAAGUGUAAAAAAAUACUAAAUCAAAACAAUAACAUUUCGAUAGGAAAGUAGUUUAAUAAAUAAUGUAAUUUAGAGAAAAACGUAAAAAGGGUACGACAUAAUGGCAGCGGCAUUGGAAUCAACGUCAAUCGACAACUCCUGGGUGGAAUUCUGCGAAAGACAUGCACAAGCGGCGGCGCAGGAUUUUUCCAAGAGCUGUAUGCAAUUCAUCAACAUGAAUCUGCCAGAACACAACAGGUCAACGGUAACGCACAAGGAAUUUUUGAAAAAAUACUUAGAUUGUUUCACAGAGCAAUUCGAAAUGGACUUUAAUAGACGCAGACUGCAUAAUGCAAAAAUAUCAAACGGUGUAAGUUCAAGGAGCGAAGAGGACACCUUCGAAAUCGAAGAGGGGUCCCCUAAACUACAACACAAACCUUUCUUCAGAAGUUUUAAGGUCUUGAAGAAGAGCAAGGACUUAUUCCACAAGCAGCAUUCGGAUGAAGUAGAUCUAGCCCACAACAAGACGAAAUUGGCGAAGAUCGUUGUGGAAUGCCGAAAGGAAGGUAUCGUCAAUUAUUCCACUCCUGAAAGCUUGGAUCAACCGGGUGGCCCCCCUAAAUGGGAGAGGUGUCGUUUACAGCUGGUCAAGGCCACUGGGGGAUAUAUGUUGGAAUUCUAUUCGCCUCCUAAAAAUCAAAAGCCGCGAAGUGGCGUCUUCUGCGCUCUAAUCACCGAGGCGAGAGAGACCACGGCCUUGGAAAUGCCCGAUCACGAGAACACCUUCGUCUUGAAGGUGAGCAACUCUAUAGAGUUCGUCAUAGAAGCUCACGAUACAGACGACAUGAGAUCGUGGCUCGCCACCAUUCGCUACUGCAUGCGGUCCGGCCCAGGGGGAUCCGAUUCGGGUCUGGGUCAAGACCACACCAAGGAUUACCAUACUGAUGCCCCCGACUUGCCCCCGAGACACGUCGCCGGGAGGGGAGGUGACAGACUGUCGAGCAGUUCUAAUUUCGACAUUUGCCCGGCGUCCGGUGAUCCGUUGAGUUCUAUGGAGACGGACAUAGGCCAGACGUUGAAGAAGGAAUUGUGGUUUCACGGUACGUUAGGUAGAUCAGAGGCAGCUCAACAGGUGUUACACGACGGUGCAGCAGGGCACGGCAGAUUUUUGGUUAGGCAGAGCGAAACGAGGACUGGGGAGUUCGUGCUCACCUUCAACUUUCAGGGUCGAGCGAAGCACCUCCGGAUGACAAUAAACGAACAGGGCCAAUGCCGCGUCCAGCACUUCUGGUUCAAGUCCAUCUAUGAGAUGCUGGAGCACUUCCGCUCCCAACCAAUCCCCCUGGAGAGCGGCGGCAGCUCCGACGUGACACUCACCGACUACAUCCUCAACCCCAACGCCCGUCAGCAGCACCAGAGCUCGAUGGGUCGCGGCUCCGGCGGGGCCGCCCUGUCGAGCAGCGCCUCCCAGCAGGCGGUCACCAACGGACACGACAGAAGAGUGCCCCCCAUUCCGGAAGUCAGACAAGUUCAAACGCAUAAUGGUAGUGUUAGAACGCAGGAGACGACUUUAGAACAAAUACAGGCGGAAGCUUCGAGCCGAGCCGUCGAAAAUCAGUAUAGUUUUGUUUAAGCUAAGGUAAAUAUGGUAAUGUUUUUUCAUUUGAAGUUACGCAGAUUCCAGAAUAGGUCCAAGGGUUCGUUUUCAUAGAUUAAGUCAGUUACUGCAGGGAUCGUUCAGUAGAUCAUUUGAUAUCACAGGACAAACUUCGGAAAACACUUUUUUGCUAGAAUUACAUAAUCGUAUCAGUAAAAAUAUAAAAUCCCGAGUUUAAAUCGAUUUAAAAAAUGUGGUAUCCAAUUUUCUACGAUUUCUUGCCAUCUCAGUUCGACUAUUUUGAGUUCAAAUAAAAUAAUUGGAUGUAAUGUAUGAAUUAAGGUAGUAUACUAACCGCUGUACUAAAAAAAUGACUAAUAACACACGAAAUAUUCAAAUAACAUAAACUGGAUUCGAAUAUAACAAUUUCAGUAUAUUACGUAAGCAUUUUAAAUUCUUGAAAUCUGCGACAUUAUUUUUUUGUGUCGAGGAUAAAUAGUGAAACUAAAAACCAAAACAAGCAUUCUUGAAAAGGUACUAAGUGUAGGAAAAAAAAUUGUAAAGCAAUGUUUUCUUUCUAAUUGUUACCUAAAUGUAAAACUUAACACAUCAAAACUGACGUUACUAUUUGUAUUAUACGGUGAAUAAUGUUAAGUAAAGAAAAUCAAAUAUCAGCAGGCAAUAGUGCAUAAUUUUUUAUUGUAUAUUCCAUACAACGCAGUAUUGAGGAGUCGCCGAGUUUUUGUUCAGUUUUGUACUUUUUUUUUUAUCAAAAUUGCAAUUUGUUGAAACAGGGGCGCACAACUAAUCAUUACUUUUAUUUCUCAUAACUUUGUAAUCGAUUGUAUCUGCCAGAACCCUCGA